CUGGAUUAUAAGGCGCAUUAGGCGAAAUCAAACCGCUUCGUAAGCAUGUCUCUUAACAUGUGCCAUUUUGGGGUCCUUAUACACACGCAAUACGGUACUAUUAUGUUGAACAUGGUACGUAUUACUCUGCGAGGCUCCUGACUACGGUAGCCGUAAUGCUCCAUGAAUCCAUCAAGCGGUACGGCUUCAUAGCUUACCAAAGUCAUACUAAAACAUUUUGACAGAUUUUCGAGCGCCGUGUACCACAUAAAAUCAGUUCGUGGUCAGUAAGCACAACCAGAAUUCAUACAUAAGGCACACUUUUGAGGAAAUGAAAGGAUUUUAGUGCGCCUUAUAGUCCAAAAAAUACGGUACUGAAAAAGUUCUUGUGCUUAAAGUGCUUCACUGAGCUGAAAUUUAAACUUAAAAUAUCUCAAGGUAUAUAAAAUAAAAAGAAAGUCAAAAUUAAAAGUACCUCAAAGGCUUCGAAAUGAACAUGUCAAUAUCUGAACAUCUUACCUUGGGCAUGGGCAUCUGAGAGGUUCCGCCCUUGACUAUCUUUGAUUGGUUCAAGGUUCAAGGUUCUUUAUUUGUCACAUGCAUAGUUAUACAAGUAUAACACACAGUGAAAUGUAUCCUGACAAUGAUAUGGGCAUAAUGUGUGUCUGUUGUUGACCACACAGAGACUUUCAGAGUUGCAGAGACUUUUUUAAUUUUUUUAUUUUAUUUUACUUGAACAGCUGGUCGCACCGGUGCGACCUAGGAAUUUUUUGGCGGAACAUUGGCACAUUGGCGGAAUGUGCAGGUGUCGCCGUGCGCUAUUGGAUUAUUGUGGGAAUUCCCUACGUCAUUUCCCCUUUCUGUGCGUCUGUGCAGACACCCGCGCGUGACAUACAAAUCGAUCGAACAGCAGGAGCACCGAGUUGGUGCUGCGGCGCUUCAGCGGCCUAAGCAGCACAUUCAUGAUUGGUUUAGGCCAUGAUAUGGGCAUAGUGUUGUCUGCUGUUGACCACACAGAGACUUUCAGAUUUGAGGAGACUUUUUUAUUUUUUUUACUCGAACGGCUAGGAUGCGACCUAGGAUUUUUUUUUUAGUCGCACCAUUGACAAAAUAGUUCGCAUUUGCAAACAAAUUGGUUGCAAUCUAGAGCCAUUUUAUUAUUUUAUCCUCAGUUUUUCAAUUCUGCAAACGAAAUCUAGGCUGUUUUGAACUUGAGUAAGUUCAUGAAAGUCAGGUUCAGUGGCGGAGUUAAAAAUGUGAAGGACAGCAGACAAGUGAUCAUUGCUGAAAGAGGUUGUUUAUCUUUAUUUGUUAAACUUCAGGACUGAGAAUGUUUGCUCACCAACAUCUUCUGAGCACGUCUCUUUAUGUGUGGAAGGCUAUCCUCUUUGAGAAAAGAAUAAAAUUCCAGCAAUCACACUGACUUCAAGUGCUUUGCCAGCAGUGAAUUGAAAGUGUAACAGAGUAGGUCAGCGCUCUUACCCUGAUGAAGUUAGCUAUUUUAGCUGAAACAUCAACAGCAUAGUUAAUUUUUAGCAGUGACUUACACAACACCUUCUGGUGUAUAUAAUAGUGCAAAAAUGCCAAUUUCAGUUCUAGGUUCAUUUUUCUCACUUUAUACUGUAUCUGAUUCAAAAGUCAGAUGUUUUUUCCUUUCAGAUUUGGACAGCCAUCGCUUUUAACACCUGCCAGUUUGUCCCAAUUUAGCCCCAGCUUAUCAAUUCAUGCAGUUACCUCUGUGAACAAGUAACUCCCUGUCACAGUCCCUUUCAUAGAGUGCAUUUCUGCCAGCUCCUUUGUAAUCUCACACUCUUUUGUUAUCCUACCUACAAAGAUGAGAAACUGGGCUGUGUUGCAGACAUAACCGCGCUCAUCCAGAACCGAAGAGAAAAGUUAAAAUUGUAUGGGGUUUCUUUGUUUGUUUUUUCCAACUAAAGCCUCACAUUUUUCACAGUGUCCUUGAUCCGUCUUGUUACUGUUUGCACAUUUUCAAAUGCUUCUUUUAUCUCAGGGAUAAUUAGCUGGGCAGAGUCCACCAAAUACUCUUUGUUAAACUCCUCAUCUGAGAACAGCUUACUAAUGGCUUACGAGCCACCAUGAUGUCCCAUCAACAGGCAACUGGGCAUUUUAGGAUCAGGAGCUGCUGAGACAUAUCUUCUGUGAAAUGAUGCCCUUUAUUUCAGUAAGAACUUCUCUAACUGUGUCUGAGCUAACUGCAGUACAAGGUGUCAUCUUCAUUGAUUUAUCAUUCAUUGAUUCGUCAUUCAUUCAUCUUCCUAUAUUCUGCUACCAGGUCCAGUCUCUUCUCAUAAAAAAGUGCCCCACCCCAAUAAAGAAGUGACAAACGCAAUCCAUUUUAAUGGAAUAAAAUUCUGGUUUGAACAGCCUGAGUCAAGGAGGCUGAGGAUCAAUCUUUUUUUUUUUUUGCAGGCUGGCCUGGAUUUCCACUUGCAGCAUUUCAGACAUGUUUGCUGGCGCCUACAUACAGCUUGUCUAUCUCUAAAGAUCUGCGUCUUUUGGCAGAGCUCUGCAAACAUUAGGUUAAGUCCAGGGAGACAGAGUCAAAAGUUAAAAGUCCUUUGUGAGAAGUUGAGUGUUAUGGUGGUGAGGACCCAGGACAAUGUGGCACACUAGAUCAAGGUCAAGAUUUUCACUAUUAUGGCUGGCUGCCUUUUCAGAAUCCUUUGAGUGACAUCUUUACAUGUUCCUGAGGCUAGGGAUCACAGCUUCUGCUUUUUACUGGCAUAGCGUAACAGAGAAUACCGUUCACCUGUAGUCUGGUCACCUCGGGCUCAGAAAAGUUGAUUGCUUCCUUAUCGUCACUGGAUCUGGUUACCUGCUUUUCACAGCAGUAAUAUAAAACAUAAAGCUGCCACAACCUUUCCAUGUUUCUCUUAGGUUUUAUCUCUAAAUGGUUGACAGAAAAGAAAGAACACUGUUGUGGCUGCAGCUGCCGUGUUUGCAUAAGUUGAGUUGUUCUUUACAGCACCCGCCCAAAGUGAAUCUUAAUAGCAACCGGCUCACUUGGUGGUUCCAGAUGUUGUAGUUGGUGUUAUCAGAAGGCUGUGAUCAGCAUCAAUGAUAAAAACAAAGGAUGUACUUGAAGAAAAGACUGCCUGGGAAGAUCUAAGAAAUGAUAGAAAUGGUCAGUAAGCUGAAGUCAUUUGGCAGUGAAGGCUGCAGUGAUCUCCAAGGUCUUAUGAGGUUGGGAUAUCUGGAACUAUCCAGAAGAGCCAUUAAUGGUUUGGAUUCCUUGAUCGUUUGUUCUCAGUGCAAAGCUCUCAUCAGUGCCAUGGAUACCAAGUUUUUUUUUUAUUUCUACUUAAAUAGCUCUGUAGCUUGAGGAGGCAAAUGGUUUUUGACAGAAAUCUUUAAUCGGAUCAAACUCACUUGGAUCCCUAGUCCCAAAGUCAGGUGUAAUUUGUGUAGAUUAACAGUAGGUAUAUUCUUAAAGUGCCUGGAAAGUCUGUGGUUGCACAGGAGCCCCAUAGUAAGGCCUUUGACAGCUAGCUGAUAGUUUUACACCUAAUAUAAACGUCACAUGGAUGCAAUAAUAAAAUUAAACCAUGUUUACAGCAUCUAAAGGGCAUAGCCGGUAAAGACUAACAAAGUCUAAACUACAAGAGAUCAUCCUCCAAAAAAUGCAUGGGGGAGUGUUGUUAAUUUCCACAUGUAGAACAAAUAACAGUAACAUCGAUAUCGCACUGUAAACUCUGAGUUUACAACACUAAAAUGUGUCUAAGAAAGUCCCGUUAACAAAAACACUGCAGGUUAAUGAAUAACUCACAUCUGGAGCAAUGAAGCACACUAAAAACACAGUCCACUUCAGCAUCCACUUUGGCACUAAUAAGCUGCUGAUUCCUGAUGGAAGUACAGAUGGAAAUACAGCGCAGCCUUCAGCGCACUUAGACUGUUAUAAGUAUAGUAGUAAGCAGUUUCAUUGUGACAUGUUUAUAUUACAUGCACAAAACCUUUAAUACUUCAUAAUAAAGGUGAGUAAGGAUCACAUCUAUGCAAGGCUAACAGCUGAUGUAGAAAAACACAAACAAAAAAAACCACACCAAAACUUGAAAUUCCCUGGAUUAGGGUGACCCGCCCAAAUGAAGCUUGAAAAGAAGCACAGGCCCCCCUCAUUCUUUUUUCCUCCUUUAAAGUGCUGUUUAGUUCUCAGGAACUGACACCAUGAAUGAAAACACUGAAAAGGUUGCAGAGUGUCAUAACACGAAAGGAUUUUAUGGAAUGACUGAAAACAGAAUAUUUACUAUCACUGCACCGUUAAGAGUUUUUUACUUUAUGGGUGUUUGAGCAGAGCCAGGACCUUGCUUUACUCCUGCUGUUCCAUUUCUCUGCAAGGCUUCAAACAUUUCACAACCUGAUUCACAGACAUUUAAGAUGGUAAAAUGGCCUGUAUUUGUAUAGCGCUUUACUUAGUCCCUAAGGACCCCAAGAGGUUUACACUAAAUUCAAUCAUUCACCCAUUCACACACGCAUUCACACACUGGUGAUGACAAGCUACAUUGUAGUCACAGCUGCCCUGGGGCGCACUGACAGAGGCGAGGCUGUUUCAGCGAUGUUUCCACCAGCAAACACAGGCACAAACAGGCCUUUGAGGAGAAAACACACGUUUUUUCUGACAAACCUUUGUGUUUAUUUUUUUGUUAAAGAAGAAACAAAAACUAAUAAAAUGGGUUGCUAUUGAUAUUGUCAUAAUUUUAUACAGAUAAAAUAAAACUAAGCAAAAGUUGUUUGUGUGUUUGUCUGUGCACAGCCUAUAUAAAAACUCACAGGCCACUUCAGUAGUUACACCUUUUUUGCCUUCAGAGCUGCUUUAAUUGUUCGUGGUAGAUGCAACAAGGUGCUGGAAAGAUUCCUGAGAGAGUUUAGUUCAUGUUGACAUGAGACCGUCACACAGUUCCUGUAGAUUUGUCAGCUGCUCAUCCAUGAUGAAAAUAUCAUUUUCAACCACAUCUCAAAGGCUGCUGAACCACUGAUACCAGGAUGGAUCCAUGCUUUCAUGUUGUUUACACCUAUCAUCUGACCCUAUCAUCUGCAUGUUGCAGUACAAAUGGAGACUCAUCAGACCAGAUCCAGCACAUCUGAGUGGACCCUUGGUCAGGUUGAUUUAACCAGGUCGUGGAUCGGUUUCAGAGAUGGCAGACUCUUUGCCACCUGCUCUGCUGGAAGCCUGUGUGGUGGUUGGAGCAUCCAGUGACAAACUCAAGGAAAUCUGCCAGACCAUUAACAAUGAUGGAACUGUCGAACACCUCCUGUUGGAGCCGGAGGUUCUUUCAGUCUUGGCGCCACCUUUUGUUAGCAGAACACAGGCUGAGAGUGAAAUGUUGAGAUCACAUGGGAAGCUGCGGCGCUCUUUUAUCAGGAAAAAGAGGGAACUGCCUCCUUCAGUUGCACCAACACCCAAUCAAGGUGGAGAUGAAGCAGGUGGAAGAAUAGAAGAUAUAAGUGUACCUAAAAACAUCGAUCUCAUGGCUUUACCUCAGCUCUGCUUCCCCGGUGGCCUCCAAGUAACCAGUGAACAGAAAGAGGAACAAUUCCACUUCCUGGUUUUCACAGACAUCCUUGGUAACAAGACCCACGGAGUAGUAAUGCAGUGCUACCGUCCAAUACUGGAAGGGAUGUCUCUCUAUCAAAAUGGUAGAGGGUUAUCAAAGUGUCCUAAACUCUUCUGUGCCUACAGCAUCUGUGUCAUAUCCAAGCAUCCUUACUUCACUGCACUCAAAGACUGUCUUUCAUGUCUUUUAAUCCAGCUGAGAACCUGUCGACUGUCAGACAUGGAAGAGAGAGUGAAGGAGUUUGCGGCCAAACUGACACUUGUGCCAAUUCCACCUCCUGGACAGCUGCACUUGAUGUUUACAAUACGUCCUCUGACCAUCAUACUGCCCUCCAGAGAGGACAAGGACCACCCAGUUAUAGAUUUAGACCUCCACCUGCCCUUCCUUUGCUUCAGGCCACAGCAGCUGCUGCAGGUCCUGUCUUGUCUCUUGCAGGAGCAGCGGGUGGUGUUAUUUUCUGCUGACUGGGCUAGACUCACGCUGGUGGCAGAGAGCUUGUUGUUGUUUCUGCAGCCUCUGUUGUGGCAGCACCCAUAUGUUCCUGUCCUGGCUAAAGGCAUGCUGGACUUUCUAAUGGCUCCUACAGCCUUUCUUAUGGGCUGCCAUCUCAGUCAUUUUGCAGACAUAUCAGCUGAAACAGAUGAUCUGAUCUUAAUUAACAUUGAUAAUGGAAGUCUCAGCACUUCUACUUUUGAUACUGUUGACCUACCAGACAUUCCUCCAGUUGCUGCACACUGCUUCACACAGAGGUGUAAGUUAUUGCGAAUACAUUUUGACUUGGAUCAGUGCCACCAUGCAAGUUGCACUGACAUCAGUGAACAGCGGGCACAGAGGCGAACGUGGCAACGCAGUCUUAACAGCGACAUCCAGAGGAUUGCACUAGAAUUAAUUGUCAACAUUUUCAGGGAUGUGAGCAGUCAUCUGAAUUAUGAACAUCGAGUGUUUCACAGUGAAGAGUUCCUGAAAACCAGAGAGCCAGCUGAGCAACUUUUUUACAAGAAGGUGCUGGAAACGCAUAUCUUCCAUUCAUUUCUCAAGGAUCGUCUCAACAGGAAAAUGGAUAGCUUUGCACGAAUGGAGCUAAGCACUCGUUCUGAGAUGCAAAAAAUGAAGGCCAUGGUUGAAGCCCCACACAGACCCACCAUGCAGCAGAUUCAAGCCAGGAGAAAGGGCUCCAUCACAGAGAAGAGGCUGAGUAAGAGACUGGGCAUGAGUCUCCCUAACUUGAGAGAAGAUCAGAUUAUCGGCUUCCAAAGAAACACACCGCUCUCCAAGAUCUCCAUAUCUGACCCCACACCAAGCACAACUCCAAAACCUAUAAAGGUGUUCAAACUUCCAGACUUCCCAGCGUCUCUGUCCUUCCACUCUGUCCAAAGUUAUUACAUUGAGCUCAUCCAGCAGCUCGGAAAAGCCAUUUUCUAUGUGCAAAGUGAGAACUCUGCCAUGCUGGCCAGAUACUACUACUUGCGUGGUUUAAUCAACACACUGUGCUCGCGGCGACUGGAUGCACUGAGCGACUUCCAAAACCUCAAUAAGACCGACACUGCAAUUUUCCCCACUCGCUUGGUCACAUGGCUUGUAGACUCGCUGCAAAGAGAUGAGAGACAACAAGCUGAAAGGCGGCCUGAACUCAAGAGACUCAUCCUCAAGGUUAAGACAGACAAUGAGAAGCCGCUGGUGGAGCCUGAUGACCAUGUAAAGAAGUUUCAGCUUCCCUGUAAGCCUCUGCAUCAGGAGGAGUUUAUGCGAUGCGUUCAAGAGUGUAGGAUUGUUAGAGAUGUGGCGACCAUACAGCGUUUAUUUGAUGCUCUCACUGACAUUGCAUAUGCACACCCCUCUCUCCGAGGUCAGCCAAAGCAGGUGGACCCUGAACUUUUCAGAGUCUUCUACACAUUCUGGAAAGACAUGGAAGCUGAAGCACAAGAUGUCAACCUGCCCUCUGAUGUCAUUGACCGACUUGACAAUAGUGAGUGUGUCUACAAGUUGUCCUCCUGUGUCAAGACUUCCCACGGUGUUGGCAAAAUCGCCAUGACGCAGAAACGCCUGUUUUUGCUCACUGAAGGACGGCCCGGUUUCUUGGAAAUCACAAAGUUCAGAGAUAUACAGGAGGUAAAAAUUACCUCAGUUCCCUUUCUGCUCGUUCGUAUUCCAUCCCUUCGUAUCCAGACGUCCAGCAGGCCUGAAGCGUUUGAGGCCAACCUAAAGACAGAGACUGAGCUCUGGAAUCUUGUGAUCAAAGAAAUGUGGGCUGGACGCAAGAUGGCAGAUCAACACAAGGACCCUCAGUACAUGACUCAGGCUCUGACCAACGUUCUGCUAAUAGAUGCUGUCACAGGCUGCCUGCAGAAUCAGAGAUCCAUCACUGCUGCUUCAAAGCUGGCUUACUUUGAUAAAAUCAGACAAGAAGUGCCUAUGAUAGUGCCUAAAACUACCUCAGAGACUCUCAAACACAAGAUCAACCCAUCAUUGGACCUGGCUGAGCCACAGACCGUACAUGUGCUGCUUUAUAGCCCAGGUCAGCUGACUGGUACUGGCAAAGUGGGUGAUAUGAACCCAAAGCUGUGGGUGGCUCUCAGUGGGGGUAAGGUGGUUGUAUUCGAUGCAGCGAGUUGGUCAAUGCUGCAGGACUGCAUCCAGGUCGGACAGUCGCAGCUGAACUGUAUGAUAGGACUGGUCCAGGAGCAGGUGUGGAUUGGUUCUCAGGACUCUGUAAUCUACAUCAUCGACACUCACAGCAUGUCCUGCAACAAACAGCUGACCGAACACAGACAUGACGUGACUGGCCUCGCAGUGGACGCCAGCAACCAACCCAACAGCCUGCUGACAUACUCCUGCAGCCGCGAUGGGAUGAUCCUGCAAUGGGACUCAUCCAGUCUUAAAGUGAAGCGGCAGUUUUUACUCAGCUGUGAUUAUCUCUCCUCCAUACAGAUCCACAACAGUGCUCUGUGGUGCUGUUGUGGUGACGGCAUUGUGGAAUUGAAAAAGAGUGGGACACCACAAAGAAAGAUAACACUUCAUAAGGACCUACAGAGCAUGCCCAGUAGUUUCAGCAGCUUCAUUUAUAUACCAGAGCGGGGACAGCUGUGGACAGGCUGUGCAGACUCAGUAGAGUUGUGUCUCUGGCACACAAACAAUCACAGGCAUCCAUUUAAAAUAAUCUCCCUGCCUGGAAGUUCAGGGGUCACCUGUAUGAUUCGUGUCAAAGACCAGAUCUGGGUUGGCUGUCGUGGAAGGAGUGAUGCUGAGGGUCAGUGUAAUGGUCAGCUGAGUAGCCAAGUGUUGGUAGUGGACAUAGAGAGCCACACGGUAGCAAAGGAGCUGCAGGCCCAUUCAGACAGCAUUCAGACUCUCUGCUCUGCCGAGGAUCGAUACGUCCUCAGUGGCUCUGCGUGUCGUGACGGCAAGAUCGCCAUCUGGAAGGUCGAAUAGAGUCCAAAACAGAAGAAGGAUCCAAAGAGAUGGAAGAAGAAGAGAAAAAAGAACUCAGAGCCAAAU